UCUAUCUCUCUCUCCCCCUAUAUAUAUGUAUUUCUCAUCAAAUCUCUGAUUGAAAUCUCUCAUAGAUUCAAUUGAAGUUUCAUAUUCAGCUUCUUGUUUCAGCUGCAAAUUAUAAUGAAAGCAGAAGAUCAAGUAGAAAUCAGCAUCUCUUCUUCUUCUUCCUCCAUCUCAUCGUCAAACAUUAGAUGGUGGUCAAAGGAGACAGUGGCCAUAGUUACAGGAGCAAACAAAGGGAUCGGAUUUGCGCUGGUGAAGAGACUUGCAGAGCUGGGAUUGACAGUAGUUUUAACAGCUAGAGAUGCCGAAAGAGGAGAGAGAGCAGUUGAGUCACUCAGAAACAAAGGGCUUCUCAAUGUCACAUUCUUUCGCCUGGAUGUUUCUGAUUCCUCUUCCAUCUCAACCUUCGUUUCAUGGUUCAGAAACAAGUUUGCUGCCCUGGAUAUUCUUGUGAAUAAUGCAGCUGUAUCAUUCAAUAACAUUGGAGAGAACUCAGUGGAGCAUGCAGAGACAGUCAUGAAAACCAAUUUCUAUGGAGCCAAGCUUCUUACUGAAUCCCUCUUGCCCUUCUUUCGUCUCUCUCCUUCCAGAAGCAGAAUUCUCAACAUUAGCUCCAGACUUGGCUCAUUAGCUAAAGUGAGAAACCCUAACAUAAAGCAAAUUCUUCAACAAGAAGACCUCUCCGAAGAUCAAAUUGACCAAACAGCCAAAUCUUUUCUCCAAAGUGUGAAAAAUGGGACAUGGGAGAGCCAAGGCUGGCCAGAACUAUGGACGGAUUAUGCAGUUUCAAAGCUUGCCCUAAAUGCAUACUCUAGGGUUUUGGCCAAGCGUUGCAAAAGGAACCGAAUCAGUGUAAAUUGCUAUUGUCCCGGCUUCACGCAGACAUCCAUGACUCGUGGUAAAGGCACUCAUUCUGCUGAUGAAGCUGCACAAGUUGCCGCAAGGCUCGUCUUGCUUCCUCCUGAAGAGCUCUCAACAUCUAAAUUUUACGUUGGGUUUAACCCAUUUGUUAAAUCUAAUUUAUAGGAUGUCUUAAAUUUAACAAUAAUAUUAUAUAUACAAAUAAUAGAUAUUAACCAGCAUAAAUAAAUGGAUGUUAUCAUGUUAUUGGUUAAUUUAACUAUUUAUUUUAUAUUUAAUUUAAAAUUAUUCCAUCAUCAAAUAAUACAUUAGUUUAUUUGUA